ACUUUCCUCCGUCGUUGCGUAGCAAAAGAGAAAGGGAAGAGACUGCCCGCCGGCCGGCCGCCCGCCCCCUCCAUCCUUCCUUGCUUGCAUCUAUCUUCCGUUCCGCCGGCCGCCGCCUCCGCCUCUGCGUGAUUUGACUAGAAGAGAAGAAAAGAUGCUGCCUUGGAUCUUCAGCCGCAAGGGCGCCUCGGGCUUCUCCUGGGCAUCCACCGCCGACCAGGUCACCGCCGGCGUCUCCGCAGCCGGCCUCACCGCAAUAGUCACCGGUGCGUCGAGCGGGAUCGGCGCGGAGACGGCGCGGGUGCUGGCGGCGCGCGGGGCCCACGUCGUCAUGGCCGUCAGGAACCUCGCCGCCGCAGAGGACGUGCGGCAGGCCGUCCUCGCCGAGACCCCCGCGGCGAGCAUGGAGGUGAUGGAGCUGGACCUCUCCUCCCUGGCCUCCGUCCGCAAGUUCGCCGACGACUUCGCCGCCAGGGGACUCCCGCUCAACAUCCUCAUGUAAGGCAGCCCCACUUCU